CCCGAUCAUUGUGCUAUUAUUAAGAGAAACUUUCUCUUGCAUCUACGGCCGGAGAAAGCAAUAUGCAAGUGAGCUUUUCUAGUCAUUAACCAAAGGCAAAACAAACUUGGUCCUUCCUUUCAUACAUAUACAUAUCAGGGGUGGCCUUUUGUGCCGUCACUUUGGUUUGCUCAGCAUAGCACAUCAACAGGAAAAUGGAAGAAUGCAAUCAAGCUGGUCCAAAUGACACAAUUAACAUGCCAUACGUUCCAUUAGAAAUUUCAUUGGGGGAGGAGUUAGAUAGCUUGCCUGCCUUGUCCUCUUCGUGUUGUAUCUACAGAGUUCCCGAUGACAUACGAUGUCUGAAUGAAAAGGCCGACACACCUCAGGUCAUCUCCAUAGGUCCACUUCAUCAUGGCAAGGAAGGUUUAGAAGCCAUGGAAGAGCAGAAAAAGAGGUACCUACGAGAUUUUAUACGUCGGACUAAGGUAAGCUUGAAGGACUAUAUCAAGAAAAUUAGGGACCAAGAAGCAAGACUGAGAAGUUGUUAUGCAGAACCCAUCAAGUUUAGCAGUGAUGAAUUUGUAAAAAUCAUUCUAGUGGAUGCUGCCUUCACUAUUGAGUUCUUAUUGAGGUUCUAUCUGAAAGAAUCUGGACACGAAGGAGAUCGCUUAUUAAACAAACCGUGGAUGUUCAGAUAUGUACAGCCUGACAUGUGGAUGCUUGAAAAUCAGCUCCCAUUCUUCAUUCUUGAGGAUCUUUAUCACACAUACAUAAUAACCGACUCUUUUAGGAAUUAUUACAGUACUCAUGAUCAUGAGAGGCUUUCAAUAAUUAAUAUUUCUAAGAAUUUCUUCACAGCUGGAAUAUUGAAUUUGGAGGGGAAGGGAGACAAAUGGAACAGAAUAUCAUCUUCUUCUAGUUCUAUUAAUGUGCAACACUUUGUUGAUCUUAUAAGAAUUUUCUAUCUACCAUUGGAAUCAGAAUUAAGAGAUGCGGGGGAGCUCAAAACCUUGAACAUACCUAGCAUCAAAGAGAUGCACCAAGCUGGAGUCAAAAUUAAGGUAGGAUCAAGCAAAAACUUAGUCGACAUACAAUUUGCAAAUGGAACUCUCAUAAUUCCUAAAAUAAUGAUAACUGGCGACAAACUGCGGACCCUGGGAAAUGUCAUUGCCUUUGAACAAUGCCAUUGCAUGGAAGACAACUACUUAAACGAUUAUGUUAGCAUCAUGGGUCGUUUUGCGAACACUCCAAAGGAUGUGGAGUUGCUUGUUGAGUUUGGAAUUUUUGAAACUGCGGGUACCACCAGCGUGGUGUCAUCUAUGAUUACCAAACUUGCCUCUGAGGCUCUUUUCUUUGUCGAUAGAUUCUGUUACGCGACUCUGUGUGAAGAGCUGAACAACUUCUGCAGAUCGUCCUGGAACAAAUGGAAGGCAAAUUUGAGACAAAAUUAUUUCAACACACCUUGGGCAUCUAUUUCUGUCAUUGCCGCUGUUGUUCUCCUCACACUCACUCUCAUACAAACGGUGUGCUCUGUUAUCUCUGCUACUUAACCAUUAAAGGGUAAGUCCCUGCUUUGCCGCUUUCUCUUCCGACAAUAAUAUGUAGACUCAUCUCUGUUUUUAUUAUUUAUUUAUUCACUUUUGGGAAACUAGUAGUAUUUCGGGUCCUCAUCAAAUAAAGGGAUCCGAGGAAAGCCUGUG